AUGGCCUCAAGCACCCACCUUCACUUCCCCAUUCUCUGUGAUUUCAUCCACCCAUUGCCCAUUUCUUGGUUCUUCAUAAGAUUUUGUCCACCUCUACAUUCAGCUCCGGUAGCUGAACUGAUCAUACUACUGAUAAUUUUUGUGGGGCGAUUCAUGGCUUCGUCUUCAUCGCUUUAUGAGGUUCUUGGGAUUCCGGUGAGCGCCUCCGGGAACGAGAUAAAGGCGGCGUACCGGAGGCUGGCGAGAGUGUGCCAUCCGGAUGUUGUAGCGAUGAACCAGAAGGAGACUUCAGCUAACGAGUUUAUGAAGAUACAUGCAGCCUACUCCACCUUGUCGGACCCUGAUAAGCGAGCAAAUUAUGACCAGGAUCUUUUCAGGCGGCGCCGGCCGGUGAUGGCCACCGCCAUGAGAACCGGCGGUUCCUCUUUUUCGGGCUUUUCUCGCCGGACUUGGGAGACCGACCAGUGCUGGUAGCAGCACACGGCUAUUUUUUGUCUUAAAUCAUUUGUUUGGUUUAUCACCAUGUUCAUAGUAGAAGUGAUGGAGCAGAUAAAAGAAGGGAAUUCAAAAUUUUGAAAACCUUUUUGUCAUAAGGUUGAAUUUUCUUGGUUCAGGGUAAAAUUUUAUUAUUACCCUUUCUAAAAAUGUUAUUUUUCAUGUUCACGUAUCUAUGUGCAUGCAUGUCUAAUUGUGUCUUA